GUAAAAAUUCCGAUAGUCCUGAAGGCAGCACGGAUGAUGCUGCCUUGGAUCCAUGUUACCUUGCUAGCAGGUUGCAAGCUAACUGAAGACAGGCUGGGCUACUCGGGGAUGUCCCACCCUUUCUAAUCCAACCUGAGGACUCUUCGGCUUUUACCGGCUCUACACAAGGCAGGACUACACUUCCAAACUGUAGCGAGAUGACGACACGGUCGGAGAGAGAAAAAGCCCAGAAACUGAAUGAGCAGCAUCAGGCCAUUCUGUCUAAACUGCUGAGAGAGGACGACAACAAGUACUGUGCUGACUGUGAGGCAAAAGGUCCUCGAUGGGCGUCAUGGAACCUCGGGGUGUUCAUGUGCAUCCGCUGUGCCGGCAUCCACCGCAACCUGGGCGUCCACAUCUCCAGAGUCAAGUCUGUCAAUCUGGACCAAUGGACCCCAGAGCAGAUCCAGAGUAUGGUGGACAUGGGCAACAACAAGGCAAGGCAGCUGUAUGAAGCCCACCUACCAGAGAACUUCAGACGGCCACAGACCGACCAAGCAGUGGAGGUCUUCAUCCGGGACAAGUAUGAGAGGAAAAAGUACUAUGACAAGGAGGCUCUGGAUGCUGCUCCUCAGAAGUCAUCUGAAGCUGCUUCUCUCUCCACCUCACCGUCCUCCCAGGCUGACAGGAGCAGACAGGAGAAGGAACGUGAGAAGAAAAAAGAGGAGAAGAAGAAAGAGAAGGAUGCUGAUAAAGUGGAGAGACACAACAACACAAAGCAGUCAGAGUGCAGAGCCAGUCCCAAGAAAGGCACAGAGGCGGCCGUGGACCUGCUGGGCCUUGAUGCUCCAGAAGCCGGUGGGAAGGGCUCAGGCAGUGCUGCACCAAUCAGCGAUGAACUGGACAUCUUUGGACCAAUGGUCUCCAACCCUCUCCCCUCCUCCAACAACACACAGCAGGCUCAGUCUGGUUCCGGUACAGCACCUCCGCAGUCGGACCCCUCCACCUCCUCCUCUUCUUCCUCCUCUACCUCCACCACUACCACCACGAGGGCGGAGGAAAAGAAGCUUUUAUCUAAAGACUCCAUUCUGUCUCUGUAUGCCAGCAGCUCAGUGGGCAGUCAGCCGCAGAGCCAGCAACAGCCGGCUCCAGGACAAGCAGGUAUGUACAUGGGCCAGCCUCAGAUGCAGUUUGUUCAGCAGGGCUUCACCCCAGGCAUGGGCGGUGCUAUCCCACCCACCACCAUGAUGGGCGGAGGGGCCAUGGUGUCCGGCAUGGCUCUGCCCAACGGCGGCUACAUGGGCAUGCAGCAGGGUGCGAUGCCAGCCAACCAAGGACAGAACAUGUACAACAUGCAGCAAGGACAGCAGCAAGGACAGUGGAACAUGAACCAGAUGACCCAGCAGAUGUCAGGUAUGGCUAUGAGUGGUGGAGGGCCAACGCCAGGCACUUUUAGCCAGCCAGGCGCUCCCGCUGCUCCCGGUUGGCCCGCAGCUCCAGCGGCUUCCGGCCAGACCCUCAGCACUCAACUGUGGAAGUGACGAGGAGGACGUCCAGAGGAUGAGUGGAGGGUGAAACAGAGGGAGGUCACAUGGCAACAAAACAGCCAAAUGUGCUCCCAUAAAUCCAUCUCCACAAAUCUCCAGCGGACAGAACGCACAGCAGGGGCAGUUUGACUGCCCUCCCAAACCCAAUUCCCCAUUCACCAUGGUUCCUUUAAAAAGCCAAGAUGACAUCUCAUUGGACAAAAUCUCUCGCUGGAAAAAAAAGAAAGAUCGGCAGCUGUCGUGUCCCGUCUUUAUUCAGUUUCUUUUUUGAUUUCCUUUGGUUGUUGUUGUCUGUAGAGUAAGACAAAAACAGCAUAAUAGACAAAAAAGAAAGCUGCUGGACCAAUAACAAGUGUCUAUUAUAGUAAUGUUACAAUUAUAUCAUUACCCAAAUGGAUAGUUAGUGAAUAGUCUUUCAGUACCUGCAGUAGAUAUGGCUAUCUUGUGGUUGGUCUAUGCUACCCUGUCCCCACCCCUCUCUCUGCUGUGUAUAUUGUAACCCCCUCCUCCCCUCCUCUCCUCUCUGUAGGCGAGCAGAGCCUCGUAGCAGAUAAUCGUCUGAGCAGUACUGUAUUUAUGUGAAUAUGAUGUGAACCUCCCUCUUUAUCAGAGCCAUAGGAGAGCAGUCGAUGUUUCGACUCUCAGCAACUUUUGUUUGGUUUUAGUUCUCUCCAUCGUGUGACACUCCACGGGGGGAAAUUAUUUGGAGACGAGGUUCUCCAGUUUACUUAAAAGUAUCCUGUGAAGUUUAGCUUUGCUAAAUAGGGUUUGACUGACAUGGGUUUAAAGCUGCUUAUACAAUAAACGUUAUUUUGCACUGAUAGUCAUUGUCAUGAAACUCUCCUAGAAAGAAUAUUCAGAGUAUUACGUCAAACAGUGUCUCACAAUAAGCAGUUUUUUCCCCUCAGCUACCAGGUGAUAUUAAUUUUGCCUGACUUUUCUUUAAUCUUUGCUUUUUUAUUGUGAUAUAUUGGAGAGAUUUACCUCUCAGUCCUCAAUUAAACAAUUUAAUUAAACAGUGUGAAAAGAGGGCAUCUCUCACUGUUUGAAUCCCUCCCAAGACAUGAAUAAAAAACAUAUACAUGACAUACAGAUGCAUGCACAUGCAACCUGGGAGAAAAGGCUUGCAGGUAGGGCCCGGCAAUUAUGGUCAAAAACUACAAUUUGUUUUUAUCUGCAGUUCUUGAGAAAUCUGAAGCACUGAAUUCAGUUUCCUAAAAGAAAGAUCUGUAUUAAAAAGUCUACAAUUUCUUACAUAUUUUGUUUGAAACACCUAUAUUAUAAGGCCUGCUUGUGAAAAACAUAACUAUGUGAGCAGAAAUAACAAAAGAACUACACCACAUGCAGGGCUUAACUUGAACUUUGGAGAGAGCCAGGCUAGCGGUUCCCCCCUGCUUCCAAGUAUUUAUGCUAAACUAAUCAUCUCUUGGCUCUAGCUCCACCUGGCACACAGAUAUUAGUGGUAUCAAUCUUCUCAGUAAUGUUUUUCAUCACAUUUUAUUCAAAGUCUACUCACUAAUUUAUCUGCCUCUGCAGUUUGUGUUUCUUGCUAUCAAUAUGAUAGCUGCAGGUAGCUUCUAGCUAGUGUAGCUACCUGACUAGCUAGACUGAAAAAAGUAACAUUUGUACUCUGUUCAGUCCACUCCCAUGGCUUUAUCUCGUCAACAAACACAAACGGAGAGUGCAGAUCAGUGUGUAGAAUAUGUUUUCAGUCUAGCCCUUGUGUAGAUGUUUGCCAGAUUUGCUACAAGAUAGCUAGACCCAGCUAGCCACCCUGAGUUGCAACAGUCCUGAAAGCCAGCUGUCACCUAAGUUACUCUUUAACUGAAAGUAACCUUUUGUGCACAUUGUAGUAAUUCUGUUUUUACAAUGCAGACAUUUUAAACAUGCUUUUAAAGCAAAAACGGCAACUAAGGUUUUGCUUUUCUAUUCUAAUAUUCAUUUAUAGGAUGAGUUUUUAAACAUCUGUCCAAGGACUACAGAUGGAAAAUAGCCCCUUGGCUACUUGGUGCAUUUACAGCAAUGUUUAUUAAUGUGCACUGUCCCUGUUAAAUAAACCAAUAAUUACAUAAAAUUUGAUUUAUCACCCAGCCUUAGUACCAAGUAGACAUUAUUUUGCUUAGAAGGGUCAAGGACCAAAAAAGGUAUGAAAACACCACCUGGCCAGUUAAAAAUAUUGUUAUAUUGUAUCAGCAGACAUGUAUGUAUUUAUCGGUCCAACCCUGUUUCUCAAACUGCUCGAUGGUUAAAAACAACCCCAGACUCCAAAUGUCAAGGAUUCCCUUUAAGUCUCAGUAAUUGCUGGGCGGCCCUCCGGUCCCUUGGGUGUCUUUGGUCGCCACUCUGUGGUAUUUUGAAGUCUUUUAAAACCAAACGAGCUGGGUUCACUGGAAACUGGGCUCCGACCCAGUUAACACAUUCCUUGUUGUUGGAAAUGAGCUGUUUCCCCCGCGCACCCCGAGGCAAAUUAAAGCACCACUGGAAUCACAGCGGUUUGUCUUACUGCACUUUAAAUAGCAGAGCAGGUACUGUAUCUCUCGCUGUGAUGCAGUUUCGUCUCUCAGAUCGUUGUCGGGGAACAGCAGAGAUAAGUGAGCUGUCACUUCACUUCCAACUGCAGGGUAUAUCCACCAAACUUUUUUUUUUUUGUUAAAUUAUUUUCAAAACUGGACCAUUGUGACACCCAAAAUGUUGCCCCCUUCAUAUACGAUGCUGUAACUGUAUGUUCUGCCAUCUGCCAUCUUUAUUGUGGUGUUUUGUUGUGUGCAGUACAAGAGAAGCACAGUUAGUCUGAAGCAAAUAAACCUGGACGACCAAUCAGAGGGCUAGACUGGCAGGUAGAGGAUGAUGAUGAGGAGGAACAAGAUUGGACAAUGCUUGCAAAAAAGGGACCUGUAUGAAAAUGCUGGAUGGGUCCCGUCAUCACUGUCCAGUCCUUGUUUAUUGCAUCUAGAAGAGAGAAUGAUGGACAGUGGAGCAAGAGUAGAAAUGAACAAAACACGCACACAGAGCUACAAUCACACUGCCGAACGCCGGUGCAGAGAUUCAUGUCCAUAUGUACAGGGUCCCUCUGCCAUGCAAUAACUGUAGCGCUCUGUUACUCACGUGGUUAGUGUGAAAGACACAAACAUAUUCAAUAAAGCUAAUGUCCUCCAGGUUUAUUUCCAAUGUGUUUACAUUUUCUGGUGCCUAGUACAGAGAAAAAAGUGGUUUCCAUGCAUUAAAUAGCCAGGAAUUUUUCUGUGUUCACCUUUGUCCAAUGACUCUUUUAACUGUAAAAGUACUGUUUAAUCUUUUGGGAAUUUUAUUAGUUUGCUCCUUUUUUUUCUGUUCUAAGUUUUACCAGAGGGUCAUUUGGAAUAAAGGCUGUUGAAUCCUGGAA